AUGAUCGGAGGGGGUGAUGGUAGAGAAGAAGAAUUGUAUGGCAGCAGAGAGAUGUACGGCAGAAUGUCAUCCAAACCUUUAGAUAUUAUUAAUACGAUUGUACCUUCUCAAUCAAACCAUCUUCCCCAUCUUGCGCCAUUUAUGGGAACCGAUGAGCAUCUUGUACCAACCUCAACUUCAACUUCAACAACACCCUCUUCUACGUCAUCUACUUUCCGACCAUCACAAUUAACAACACUUCAAGAGGAUCAACCACCCUCUUUCCAAGAGUUGUGUCAAAAAGUCAGGGAUUUGGAAAGAAAAGUUGAGCAACUAGAAAUAGAGAGAGCAGCUGAACGAGAAGCAGCUCAACUAGCAGCCGAACUAGCAGCAACUGAACUAGCAGCAGCUGAACUUGCAGCAGCUGAACAACUAGCAGAAGCUCAACAACUAGCAGCAGCCGAACAACUUGCAGCAGCUGAACAACUAGCAGCAGCCGAAGUCGCAGCAGAACUAGCACCAUUAGUUGAACUGGCACACACUCCAACACCCCCAACUACUGUGACGCCACCCGGCCCUUCCUUUCUUGGCUCAAUUCUAAACUUUAAUUUAGGGCAACUACAACACAUUGUUCCCGAUCCAAGACCCACAACAUUCCCCGAUCCAAUUCGUGAUGGACUCCGUGAUGCCUUCUCGAAAAGACAAUCCGUAAGAGGAGAGGAAGACCGAGAUGAUGACUAUGACAAUGGAGCUUGGGAUGAUGACUAG